AUGACUUCUAAAGGUUCUUCAUCCUUGAUCGCGACAAUGAAUUCUCCAUCAAGCUCAGCUCUCAUGACACCUGAGGCUCUCGGCGAGAUCGUUACUUUGUACGUGGGAGCGAAGAGAAAAAAGUUUCUUGUUCACAAAAAGAUUCUGUGCAAGCAAUCGAAAUUCUUUGAUGCCGGAUUCAAUAAGGGAUUCAAAGAGACUACCGAAGGAGAGAUGUAUCUUCCUCAAGACGAUCCAGCCGUCGUUGCAAAUCUCAUCGAAUAUUUGUAUCGCGGCCAGCUUCCAAAUCCGCUCAUGGAACAACAGCUUUUCGAACUUUAUUUUCUGGCCGAGAAAAUUUGCUUGCCAUCAUUGAUGGAUCGAAUUAUGGACACAUUUCUUGAGCAUCGUAAUUUUAUCAUAAGGUUCGAAGUUGGGCGGAAAUCGAUCAUUGAAAUAAUAUACGCAAACACGCACCACAAUAGCAAACUUCGACUUUGUAUUACCGCAGCGAUUGCUUUCACACUACACAGCAAGGAAGGCAAUGAGAAAUGGUUGCAAGACUAUCUCGCCCUCUGGGAGACCUGUCCUCAUGUUUUUAAGGACACAUUUACAAUUCUCGCCACCCAUGGAACUGCGGCUUUUGAGUCUACGGCUUUUGAGUCCAAGGCUCAGCGCAUCCAAAGAAUUAAAGAAGCUUUCGGAGAUACUGGCACGACAGAAAACAUGUCAAUCGAUUUCACAGAUUUGACCGAUCUAGAGUUGGGGGGAAACACGAAUAGACGUUCGGCAUUUCCCACACAUUUUCAAAUGGAAGAUAGUUUCCUUUCGGCACAUAAGUUGUGA